AUGGGCAGCUCAGACACAGAACAGUCGCAGUUCGAGCAAGAGGUCAAGCACCUGAAGCAGUGGUGGACAGACUCGAGAUGGCGCUACACUCGUCGCCCGUACACUGCUGAGCAGAUCGUCUCAAAGCGUGGCACAAUCAAGAUCCAAUACCCAAGCAAUGACUUGGCCAAGAAGCUCUGGAACACUGUUGAGCAGCGCUUCCAGAACAAAGACGUCAGCUUCACAUACGGCUGUCUCGACCCAGUCAUGGUCACGCAGAUGGCAAAAUACCUGGACACUGUCUACGUCUCUGGCUGGCAAUCAUCAAGCACUGCCUCAGCAUCAAACGAACCAGGUCCCGAUCUUGCCGACUACCCAUACACCACAGUCCCAAACAAGGUUGAGCAUCUCUUCAUGGCACAGCUGUUCCACGACCGCAAGCAGCGUGAAGAGCGUCUCGGCAAGGCACCAGCAGACCGUGCGAAUGCCGCCAACACUGACUUCCUUCGCCCCAUCAUCGCAGAUGCAGACACUGGACACGGUGGUCUGACUGCAGUCAUGAAGCUCACCAAGCUCUUCGUCGAGAAGGGUGCCGCCGGUAUCCACAUCGAGGAUCAAAUGCCCGGCACCAAGAAGUGCGGCCACAUGGCCGGCAAAGUUCUCGUCCCAGUCGCCGAGCACAUCAACCGCCUCGUAGCCAUCCGUGCCCAAGCCGACAUUAUGGGCGUUGAUCUCCUCGCCGUAGCACGCACAGACUCCGAAGCCGCCACCCUCAUCACCAGCACCAUCGACCCUCGCGACCACCCAUACAUCCUCGGCUCCACUAACCCAGCCCUCCAACCCCUCAACGACCUGAUGCUGGCGGCUGAGGCCGCAGGCAAAUAUGGCCCAGAACUCCAGGCCGUCGAAGAUGCCUGGAACGCUCAAGCAGGCCUGAAGCUCUUCCACGAGGCCGUUGCAGACACCGUCAAUGCCGGUGUUCACGUCAACAAGCAAGGCCUCAUCGACGAGUUCAACAAGCAAGCCAAGGGAAAAUCCAACUCGGAAGCCCGCGCCAUCGCAAAGGGCUUGACUGGUGUGGACGUGCACUUCAACUGGGACGCCCCACGAACCCGUGAAGGUUACUACCGCUACCAGGGCGGCUGCCAGUGCGCCGUGAUGCGUGCCUGCGCUUACGCCCCAUACGCCGACAUGAUCUGGAUGGAGUCCAAACUCCCCGACUUCUCGCAGGCACAGGAGUUUGCCGAUGGUGUGCACGCCGUCUGGCCGGAGCAGAAGUUGGCGUACAACUUGAGCCCAUCGUUCAACUGGAAGACGGCGAUGAAGGCGGAGGAUCAGCAGACUUACAUUGCUCGUCUGGGCAAGUUGGGAUACUGCUGGCAGUUCAUUACGCUGGCGGGUCUGCACAGCACUGCUCUGAUCUCGGAUCGCUUCGCGAAGAAUUUCGCCGCCAGAGGUAUGCGUGCGUAUGGCGAGAUUGUGCAGGAGCCGGAGAUGGAGGAGGGGUGUGAGGUUGUGACGCAUCAGAAGUGGUCUGGUGCUAAUUAUGUUGAUGGGCUCUUGCAGAUGGUGCAGGGUGGUAUUAGCAGCACGAGUGCUAUGGGUAAGGGUGUGACGGAGGAUCAGUUCAAGUAA